CAAACAUCAAGCAGUUAUGGCUGUCCGCCGCUAAUUAUUUCGGCAUUUCUUGAAAAGGGCUAAUUAUUUAACACUUUUAAUGCUGUAAAAAAAGAAAGUAAAAUAUGACUUGGGGUUUUGUAACUUGUGGACCUAAUGAAGCUCUAGUAGUUUCAGGUUGCUGUUAUUCUAAGCCUCUAUUAGUUCCUGGUGGAAGAGCAUUUGUGUGGCCAAGUUUUCAAUGUGUUCAAAGGAUUUCUUUAAACACCAUGACUUUACAAGUUGAAAGCCCAACAGUGUACACAAGUCAAGGAGUUCCCAUAUCUGUCACAGGAAUAGCCCAGGUUAAAAUACAGGGUCAAAAUGAAGAAAUGCUGUUGGCUGCUUGUGAGCAGUUUUUAGGAAAAUCAGAUUCAGAAAUACAACAUAUUGCACUUGUUACUCUUGAAGGUCAUCAGAGAGCAAUAAUGGGAAGCAUGACUGUUGAAGAGAUUUACAAAGACCGGAAGAAGUUUAGUAAACAAGUGUUUGAAGUUGCCUCAUCUGAUCUAGUGAACAUGGGAAUAACAGUUGUUUCUUAUACAUUGAAAGACAUAAGAGAUGAAGAGGGUUAUUUGAAAAGUUUGGGUAUGGCUCGUACAGCAGAGGUGAAAAGAGAUGCUAGGAUGGGUGAGGCAGAAGCAAGGGCAGAAGCAACAAUCAAGGAAGCCAUUGCUGAGGAACAAAGGAUGGCUGCAAAGUUCAUCAAUGAUACUGAAAUUGCCAAAGCACAGCGAGAUUUCGAGUUAAAAAAGGCUGCCUAUGAUGUUGAAGUGCAAACUAAGAAAGCUGAAGCUGAAAUGGCUUAUGAACUUCAGGCAGCUAAAACAAGACAGAGGAUAAAAGAGGAACAAAUGCAAAUUAAAGUUGUUGAAAGAAAACAAGAAAUAGCUGUACAGGAGCAAGAAAUGCAAAGAAAAGAAAAAGAAUUAAUAGCAACUAUAAGGCGACCUGCAGAAGCUGAGAAAUACAGAUUGGAAAAACUAGCUGAAGCUAAUAGGAUAAGGUUAAUCAUGGAAGCUGAAGCAGAAGCAGAAGCUAUAAGAUUGAGAGGUGAAGCCGAAGCUGCUACUAUUCAAGCCAAAGCCAAAGCAGAAGCAGAACAAAUGUCAAAGAAAGCCGAAGCUUUUAGAGAAUAUAGGCAAGCUGCCAUUGUCGAUAUGCUUCUUGAUACACUCCCAAAAAUGGCUGCAGAAGUUGCCGCACCUCUGUCACAAGCUAAAAAAAUUACAAUGGUGGCUAGUGGAAAUGGAGAAGUUGGUGCUGCCAAGUUAACAUCAGAGGUUCUGAGUAUUGUCACUAAAGUACCUGAAAUGGUUAAAUCCGUGACCGGUGUUGAUAUUAUGAAAGUCAACCUACAACAUUUUCCUGAAGACCAUUAGAAUUUCAUUUGUACCCAUUUUAACUGAUAUUAUUGCUUAUGAUUAUUUCAAGCCAGGUAUGCUUUGAGCUUGCUUUGUGAAUUGGCUUUUAUUUGAAAAAUUACCUAUUUGCUGUUGAGCUCAUUGAUUAACACUUCUCUCAUUUGUAUUUUAUAAAAUAAUGAUUUUAAGUUACCAAAUAUUACUUUUAUAGAAAUAUAAUUUCAUUUUUUAUUAUAAUUUAAAUAUGUAGAAAUCAAUCCAGAUCUAAUUAAUGGUAUUUUUAGUUUAUAUAAAAUUAUUUUUAUUAUAAUAAAGCAAUAUAUCUUGAUAUUUAGUUAUAUAUUAACCUAGGUUUUUAAGCCAUACAGGGCCAUAUAAUUUAAGUAUUAUAUUAUCAUAAGUUAUGAAGCUUUAUCUUAUUUUUACGUUACAUGAAUAUAAUUCUUGGAAUGAGUAUUGUGAUAUUUCAAAAUUUUCUUUGCUUAAAGAUCUUGAUUCUGAAAUCAGAUUUCCGAAUAAUCACUUAAGAUAGCAACAUGAAGUAAAUUUAUUUUUCUGAAUUUGGAUUGCAAUUGUGAAUAGUUUUGAAUUAAUAUUCACACCAAAUUGAUACUUAGUUUCAUG